CCUCUCGGCCCACUCGGCGAAGGGUCGGGGUCCCCCAUUUCCACCCACGAGCAACCCUGGAGCGGUGUUCGCUUGCUCCAAUCUCUUAUCUAGUAAUGGUCGGGUCAUCGCACCCCGACUUCGUAUUCCAUCCAGACCUCAAAAAUCGCUAUAAAGAAAAGUCAUGUUCGGCCUCAAUGCCCGGCCCGGACAUCGCCCGGCCAUCGAGCCUGCAGAUAUCCGAAUCCUUCCCGCCUCAUUCCCGGUCUUGGGCGCCAUGGCACCAUGCUGUGAUUGGGGGAGUCCCUUGCAUCCUGGGCGUUGUCAGGAUGGUGGCCACUGGCCACUAACCAGUCGGUAGUCAGGGUCUCGCGUGGUUUUCCGUUGAGCUGUCUGUCGAUCGCAUCGCCGACGUCGCGUCUUGGCGUUC